AUGCACUGUACAUAUGAUCCAGAAAAGAGACCCACAGCUGAUGAGAUUCUGGACCAGCCAAUCAUCUCCUGCCGCAGGCAGGAGCUUGAGGAUAGAGUAGCCUUGCUGAACUCAGCAAUGAAAAAACCCAAGUUGAGCACAACGACUGAGAGCCCUGUUGCUGUAGUGACAACACGCUCUAGGGAGGUGUAUUUCUAGGGAGGAGGAAAGUUCACACCUCAGAAAUUGGACGCCUUUAAAGGUGGCAGCAGUGCCCAGCAUGUGUGUGCAGGGGAGACCCACUUUGCUGUGGUUACCGUGGAGAAAGAGCUUUACACUUUGGCUAGUGUCCAAGGUGGGGCCAAGAUGGUGGGCCAGUUGGGCCAUGGGGACCAGGCCUCGUACCGGCAGCCACGCAAGGUGGAGAGGCUGCAGGGAAAGGCCAUCCGUCAGGUCGCUUGUGGAGCUGAUUUCACUGCUUGUGUCAGUGAUGAGGACCAGAUGUACAUGUUUGGUUCUGACUACUAUGGCUGUAUAGGAGUGGAGAACGAGCAGGGCAGGGAGGUCCUAGAGCCCGUGCUGUUGGAGUUCUUUGAGGAGUGGCCUGUCAGGCAGGUGUCCUGUGGAGACAGCCAUGUGGUGGUGCGGACCCACAGGGGAGACAUCUACUCCUGGGGCUGUGGAGAGCAUGGGCGUCUUGGCCUGGACUGUGAGGAUGACUUUAACUCCCCCAUGCAAGUGGAGAUACCCAAAGGAGCCAUUAUCUCCUCUGUGUCCUGUGGCCUUGACGGAACCUUCUUCCUGACAGAAUCUGGCAAAGUCUUGGCCUGUGGGAACAACGAUCUGAACAAGCUGGGUCUAAACCUGGGAGUCUCUGGCCUCAAAAAUCUUCCUGGAGAGGCCUACCAGGGGAUACCAUACACCACCACACUCACUCUGGUCAAGCAGCUGGCCAUGUAUAAGAUCCAAGUAAUUUCCGCUGGGAAGACCCACACUGCUGCCAUCGACGAGUGGGGGCGGCUGAUGACCUUUGGGUGCAACAAGUACGGUCAGCUUGGUGUGAAGGACUUCAAGAAGCACCAGGGCAUCCAGCUCUUGUUGGGGUCUUUUGGGGGGAAGGUGGUCAGCAAAGUGUCCUGCGGAGAUGGCUUCACCAUCGCAGCCACAGAGGACAAUCAGAUCUUUGCCUGGGGAAACGCAGGAAACGGACGCCUGGGAAUGCCCGCUGAUAAGGGGUUCGGCACGAUUUGCCCUGCUUUACCACAACCCAUUUUCGGCUCCCUCCACCAUGUGCCAGACCUCUCCUGUCGCGGCUGGCACACUAUUCUAAUCAUAGAAAAGGUUCUCAACUCUAUCCGCUCAAACAGCAGUGGACUUUCAAUGGCCAUGGGCUCUCUGUUUUAUACCAGUGUGGUACUGUACUGA